AUGGCACAAGGUCAAGAACUGUUACCGUCUCGACCACUCGCUACGGGCUGCGAACUUCGAUUCUUCACGGAGACAAAUACCGCUGAGCAUUUGGAUUCGGAUUCGCCACCUUCCCAGCAUUACUAUACUGAAUUAACCUACGACGGAGACGUGAAUUCGAAGGUUUUCGAGAUUCCGCUACACUGGCACAAGGCUGGCGACGAACCUAUAUUUAUCCCCCGGUACCACCUACACGGCCUGAAAUGCCUACCUGGUGUGAAAAUGAAAAUACGGGAGUGGACGAUUCCCGGUGGGAGAUUUAAAGAACGGUUCUUUCGUGACGCAUUCGAGUUCGGAAACCCACCGCCCUUCCUGCACAUUAUGCGUGUGUCCUGGGACGGUGAUAACUAUCCUUCCUUGCCAGGAAAUAUCAAGUUUCUGGAUCAAAUGUUCGUUUUGAUCUUUGGUGGCUUGGCCAAACUAGUCAUGCCUGCAAAAACAGUCGCAAGGACGGGGGCGUAGUGGUCCCGUGCAGGCACUGGGCGAAGGUGCCACAUUGCAGACGAUAUCUCGACCAAGUCCCCCUCCAUCCUGAGUAACGGAGGAGGGUAAAUCUAAGCAGAGCGCAGGACAUCAAGAGUUCAAGGGUAGGUUGACAACCAGGAUAUAUAUUUAUUCGCUAAUACAAUGAACGCCAUGUCUUAUCAAACACACGA